UAUUAAAUAUUAUUCAGGAACACAUGAACCAAAAUGGUAAUGAAAAAUAUAGUUCCAACUCUGCUGAAGAGAUUUUCGAAGCGAAAGAGAAAACAUGUGUUAAACAAAACCCAUUACGGUGUUAUGUACGCUGUAAUGAAUGAAGAUGAGGCAUGCCUUCUGUCAGCUAUUAAAGCAGGAGCCCCCCUUAAUUCACACAUUGAUCUUGAAGACACAUCUGUUGCAGGUGAUCUAGACUCUAAAACACCACUCCACUGGGUUGCAUCACGUGGUAAUGCUAACUUCCUAAAGCUACUGCUAGAAGCUGGAGCUGAUCCCAAUGCUAAGGGAACAUGGAGUGGGCGCACUCCUCUUUUAGAGUGCUCUGAUAACAUAGAAUGUACAAGACUGCUCCUAGCAGCUGGAGCUAACGUAAACGCUGUGGACUCUGAAGGGAACAGUGUGUUACAUUACACUGCUAGAACUGAGCAGUUCUCUUACCUCCAGUACCGGUUUUUGAUCCAAUGUGGAGCUAAAGCUGAUGUAACGAACAGAUUAGGAGAGACAUCAAUACACAAGCUGUGCAGUUACAGCAAUGACACCCUUCAAAGAUCCAAGGCGCUAAACAUCUGUAUUAAGAACGGUUGUAAUGUGAACAAGAUAGAUUACAACGGUAGAACGGCUCUUCACUUGGCGGCUGCUCACUCUAACGAGGAAUGCGUUCAGAUGUUGCUGAGGAAUAGCGGAGUAGUAGAUGCAGCAGACUAUGAUGGAAUGACCCCACUACACUUCGCCAGCAGAAGGAGGGGAGGAGAGGGCUGUGUGGCUAUCCUUCUUAAUGCUGGAGCAGAGCCGGACUACGAGUCAGGUAACUCCGGCUACACUGCACUCCAGCUAGCAGUCCAACACAACAAUGUGGCUAGUGUGCGGUUGUUGCUACAUUACGGCGCUAAACCUGUCACUCAGUCCCCUAGCUAUGAUAUCUGCAGGAGAUCGUGUUGUGUUCGUCACACUUCCUGUAUGUCUCGUAGUUCCCUGAGACAAGCUAACACUGAGGACACUCCCUCACUCCUCACUGCCUCCCAACUUAUAGUCGCUAAUGCUAUCGGUACAGUUCCCAGCCUGCAAUCUCUGUGCCGACUAGCUAUACGCCGCCUCACCGGACCUAGCAACCUCCGCAAGUUACUAGAGCUGACCCAGCCUCCUUCUAGCGGCUUUCUAACACACCGCGGCGACAAACCCUCCAACACUGACGACUCAAUACCGCACAUCAAGCGCAAAACGUCGUGUCUCGCGCGGCGCGCGCUUCUGGAAAACGAGAACUUGGACCAGGAAACCAAGUAUCUGACUGUUACUACGAAAGUUGGGUUUUGUGAGAGAAUGGUGGAUUCUGCGGAUCUGAUCCCAGGUCCUAUCAGGAGAUAUCUCCUACAUGUAGAGGAGUAUGAAAUGUGGUGGGAGAUGAGAAAGAAAAACAAAAUAUUCGCUAUUGCUGCUGCUGGCAGUGCGAGAUAUCGCUAGGUAUAAUAUUUAAUAGUCAUUAGAAAAGUGAACUUGAAUUGUAUUUUGAUUAACUUAACUUGAGCAAUGCGCAUCUCUGAGAUAAU